AUGGCGAUGGAAGCAGAAGGCGGAGGUAUCGUCACGUGCCUGCGCACCGACCACCCGGUGCAGCCUUCGCCGCUCUUCACAACCAUGCCAUCGAGCUUUGACUCGUUCUUUAAUGCGGCUAAGCGCGUCAGUGCACAGGCAUCGAUGUAUGCCCAGGCUGCCUCUGCAGAUUUGCAAUCUGGAUUCAGCUUGCCGAGCGAGUGCAACCGCGCCGCGAGGAUCCUGCGCAACUUUCUGACGGAUCCGGAGCACCCAGAGACGAUCAAUUCCACCAUCCCGAAAUCCGUUCUGAUGCGUGCAAAAGGAUUGGCGAUUUUCACCAUUGUCAAGGGUGGGUUUGUGUGGUCGGGUAAGGUCGGCAGCGGCGUCGUGAUUGCGCGUCUCCCCGACGGCUCGUGGUCCACGCCCACCUGCAUUGCGACUGGUGGCAUUGGUAUUGGAUGGCAGGUCGGUGCAGACGUGACUGAAUUUGUAGUGGUGAUGAACACCGAGGAAGCGGUCAAGUCGUUUGGUCUCUCUGGAAACUUGACGUUUGGCGGCUCCCUGAGCGCUGCCGCAGGGCCUAUUGGCAUCGGUGGCACGGGCAUGUUUUCGGUGGCACAUAUCGCCCCGAUGUACUCGUAUAGUCGCAGCAAGGGCUUGUACAUUGGCAUCAGCUUGGAAGGCACCGCGCUCGUCGAGCGCAAAGACGCAAACCGCGAAUUUUACGGGCAGUCCAUCCCAGCUAUGGAUUUGCUGAUGGGUAAAGUACCUGCACCAGAGGCCGCGGCAGUGAUGUACGAGGUUAUCGAGGCUGCAGAGGACCUGGAUGAAAAUGAAAUUUUGCAUCAAUUGUAUCCCAACGCCCGUCACGACGAGGCCCGCAAAGCGAGUACGUACGCAGGAGAAUCUCCCGCGGACGACUCGUACGUGUCUACGGAACAAGAGGCAGACAAGGACGCAUAUCCUGCCAAGAAAGAGAAGCCCACAGACGAGAAGCCUGCAGAAUUGCAGACCUCGCACGAAGAAGCUGCGGAGAAAGACAGUCCCGCUAAAUGA